UCGUCCAUGGAUGAAAACAUCAAACAAGACGAUAAAUGUAUCAGAAAGAAAAAUCAGACAAAGGAUGAUGACACAUUAACAGAUUUUCAGGGAUUUAUGCUUCUCCUUCCUUCGUAUGUUGGCGUGGGUUUCCUUGGCCUUCCUUAUAUCGUAAAACUUCUAGGACUCUGGGGUGGGACUUCUGGACUAUUCUUUUAUGGAUUUUUGAGCGAAAUAGGAGCUCUGAUUUUAACAGGAAGUACCCAGCGUCUCACAGAAAGAACUGGCGAAAGGUUUGGAGACAUGGGGACGCUUGCGGAAAUGAGUAUGAAGCUGGGACCUCCGUGCUUACAACCUCAUGCCGGGAAACUAAAGUUUUGUGUUGACAUGUGUAUACUAAUGACCUACAGUCUCAUCUUGCCUGUUCUAAUUUCACUCAUGAAUCUUUUUGGACAGGAUUUUUUUCGCCAUUACAUCAACGUCAGCGACAACGUCUCUAUCAUUGUAAUUUCAUUGCUGCUUUUGCCUGUCUACUUGACACGCCGAAUGAAGUUACUCUCCUUUUUAGCGACGGCAGGAAACAUCGUUCUCCUUGUGUUAUUCGUACUUUCGUUCCAAUUCAUUUGUCAGGACCUACCAAAUGUCAACACACGACCAGCUACAAAAUUAUUGGAUUAUAUAACAGUCACGUCUUUUACAAACGAUGCAUUGUUUUCAUACGGCGGAAUUAUCAUGGUUUUACCAGUGCGGGAUAGAAUGGAGAUUAAGACCUUUGACGGCUGGAAUGGUCUCAUUGGGCUGGUCCUAAUUAUUGUGAUCGCUAUCCACGUUUCAUGCGGGUUUUUCGGGUACCUGCAAUUUGGGGAAAUGACUCAAGUUAAUUACUUGUUGAAUCUUCCAGAUCAGUGGAUUUAUAGGUUCUUGAAGAUUCUGUCUUUCCUUACCUUGUACUGCACAAAUGGGGUGUCAGUAUUUGUAGUUGUAGAAAUCAUGUGGCCACCGUUUAAGAAAAGGUUCAAUACAGAAGUCAUUGAGAACUACGGUGAAUACAUCUGUCGCGUCUUUCUGCUGAUUCUCUCCGGUACAUUUACAAUUUUGGUGCCAGAGUUUGAACUACUGAUGUCAUUGACCGGAUGUAUUGGAACAAUGUCUACGACAUUACUUUUUCCCUAUGUCAUAGCCAUAUUAACGAUGUAUGGAGAGAGCAAACCAACAUUACUGGUAGACAAAGUUAAAAGAAAAUUAAAGCUCACAUUAUGUGUAGUAAUGAUUGUGUUUGGGACAUACUCUGUGAUAGCGGGGCUUGGAGUCUCUAUAUACAUGACACUCUAUAGCAUUAUUUUGUAG